CGGAUGACGGGAGACCAUAUAUCGACUCGCGCGCGGACGUGACAAAUACGUGUACCCAACAGGAUGCGGCCCAGAGAUUUUAAAAUCCCAUUUACGAUAUCAUCAUGAAUACUCACAGAAACUUCAAGAGCAUCAUCCCGUCCAUUACAUCUGCCGAAGAUAUAUCUGAGUUCAUUGGCCCUGCGCUAUCGUACCAGUACAUGUUUGACCGCAGAACGUCGCCCUGGGAGAUGGAACAUUUUGAAGAUGGUGAACUGGAAAAGUUCGAAAUGGAUUUAGAGAAAGUGGACCGCUUAUAUUACAUCUAUGCCUACGACGAUGUCUUCGGCAGUAAAUACGAAAUCCUGGCUCGCCUCGACUACAAAGGCAAAAGCGCCUACGUCAAUUUAGUCGCCAGCUGUGAUUUUACGGGCUUCGAAUGCCAAGGUGGCGGCUAUAUUUACAUUUCCUUCAACACAAACGUGUUUACGAAAAUAAUGCUGGACGAUCAUCAUAAGCGCGAUCUCAUUUAUAAUUCCCUCGCCAGUGAUGGGGUAAAUGUGGAGGAACAGAGUGAACACGACCGUCUGCCUGCGAGGAUGUGGCAGAGCGUUCCAAUGCUGAAGUUCCUGUGCCAUAUGGCAAUCUGCGAGCACAAGGACCGCCUGCGACAUGUCUACGCGGAGGUUCUUCCCGAGGUGCUCAUCAACAGCAUAGAUGAGUUCCUUAAAUUGCAAGAAACUAAAAAUGCUUUCGAAGACUGAAUAAAUGUUAUUAUUAUGUAGUGUAUG